UUCGACUAUAGACACCAGGGGCGCCAGAGAUGAUGUUUUGCGCCGAUUUCAAUUGGUUCUCACCUGAUAGUUGUUUUCACCCGAUAUCUAUCUCUUUGACCGUGUUACUUUCGACGGUUCAAAGAUCAGGUCAUUUGGUUAGUGAUCAUUAGUAACUGCAAACCUACAAAUUAUGGCGACUAGAAAUACGACCCAGAUACUGACACGUCUUCGCAGUUUAAUGAAAGAUACUUCUGUCGUAACAGAAGCUAUUCAAGCUUACAUAGUACCUUCUGGAGAUGCACAUCAGAAUGAGUAUAUAGCUGACAGUGACCAACGCAGAGCUUUUGUCUCUGGAUUUACUGGUUCAGCCGGCACUGCUGUCAUUACUGAAACGGAGGCAUGUCUGUGGACUGAUGGACGUUAUUUCAAUCAGGCUGAAAAACAGUUAGAUUCAAAUUGGACACUUAUGAAAGAAGGUAUACCCACUACUCCAACUCAAGGAGCUUGGCUUGCUAAGACAUUACCAGUGGGAUCAAGAGUUGGUGUGGAUCCAAGACUGUUUUCUAAAGACCAAUGGACUCCUCUAUCCAAAACUUUGAAAUCUUCUGGCCAUAUCCUAGUUCCAGUGGAACGGAAUAUCGUAGACGCCAUUUGGGAUGAGAAGCCUUCACGUCCAUCUCACGUUAUUCAACCUCUAGCAAUAAAAUACACUGGUAAAUCAUGGCAGGACAAAGUUAAAGAUGUCAUUAAAGAGAUGGGUACCAAAAACUGUUCCCUGCUGCUGCUAACGGCUCUGGACGAUAUUGCUUGGUUGCUAAACUUACGUGGCACCGACAUCCAAUACAAUCCCGUAUUCUUCUCGUGGGUACUGGUCAAAACGAAUGGAGAAAUUCAUUUGUUUGUCGAUCCAUCUAAAGUGACAUCUGCGGUGAAAGAGCAUUUAAAUCUGAAGGCUGAUGUCGAAAUGAAAGAACAUACAUCUUCCCCAACCACCGACACUGUGUUGGCUGUUCUACAUCCGUGUGAGGAUGUUGACGGUUUUUUGGCCGCCGAAAUUCCACAACAACCAAAAAAGGUCUGGAUAAGCGAUAAAAGUGCAGUUGCAUUUUCCAAUCUAGUUCCCGAAGAAUUGCUUUGCGGCGAUGUGUCGCCUGUUGUUUUUAUGAAAGCAAUCAAGAAUCCAGUAGAAAUGGCAGGCAUGGAAAAUGCACAUAUCAAAGACGCAGCUGCCCUUUGUUGUUUCUUUGCUUGGUUGGAAAAAGAAGUCGAAUCCCAACGACCAGUUACGGAAAUAUCUGCGGCUGACAAACUUGCUGGAUUUCGUGCUGAGCAAACCGAUUUCGUCGGGUUGAGUUUUGAUACGAUAAGCUCCUCUGGUUCCAAUGCCGCCAUAAUCCACUAUAAACCAAGUCCCGAUACGGAUCGCCCUAUCACGAACCGCGAAAUUUAUCUUUGCGAUUCGGGUGGCCAGUACAAGGAUGGAACAACCGAUGUGACUCGCACAGUUCAUUUUGGUGUGCCAACACAUUUCGAACGCCAAUGCUUCACCCGCGUCCUGAAAGGUCAAACGAAUCUGGCCACUUGCCUUUUCCCAUCCAAAAUUAAAGGCAACGUUUUAGACGUUUUGGCACGCAAGGCAUUGUGGGACGUCGGUCUCGAUUAUCUUCAUGGCACGAGUCACGGAGUGGGCCACUACCUCUGCGUUCAUGAAGGCCCAAUGGGGAUUUCUUGGAGAGUUUACCCCGAUGACCCGGGAUUGAGCGAAAACAUGGUGCUUUCGAAUGAACCGGGAUUUUAUCAAGAUGGAGACUUCGGUAUCCGCAUCGAGAAUUUGGUCAAAAUCGUGCCAGCUAAUCCCGAAAACAAUUUCAAAGAUCGCAAAUUUUGCACUUUUGAAAACCUGACCUUUGUACCGAUCCAGAAAAAAAUGAUUAUCACGGAGAUGUUGACAAAAGAAGAGGUUGCUUACAUCGACCAAUACCAUACCCAGUGUCGUGAUAAAGUUGCUCCGCUGCUACAAAAAUGGGUAAAAAGGAAGCCUUGGAUUGGCUGAUGAGAGAAACUGAACCUUUGGUCUAAGAGACAACGUCACAGUUCUUGAAUUAUAAUUGAAAUUUAAUUAUUCAUUGUAUUUUGCGUCCGGAUCUCGGAGGUCUACUGCAAAGUACAAAACAGGAGUUCAAGAUUAUUUUGAUAUUUUAGGGUAAAGAAAAAUUAACUGCUGAAUAAAAACAGGUUAUGAAAAUU